GGUGCUGCUGUGUGGACGAUCGAGGCCUCUCCAGGGCAUCCCGCGGAAGGAUCUUAAAAAUUGUACAGAAUUUCAAGAUGAGCGAUACUUCUGAAGUGAUCCCAAAUUUUGAAGAGAUGUUUGCAAACAGAUUCACACAAGACGACAAAGAGUACCAGGAAUACUUGAAACGUCCCCCUGACUCCCCUCCGAUUGUUGAGGAGUGGAAUAGCAGAGGUGGCGGUAACCAGAGAAAUAGAGGCAACUGGCUGCAAGAUAACAGACAGUUUAGAGGUAGGGAUAACAGACGAGGAUGGCCAAGUGACAAUCGAGCAAAUCAGUGGCAUGGACGGUCAUGGGGUAACAAUUACCCACAGCAGAGACAAGAGCCUUACUACCAACAACAGUACGGACAAUAUAGCCCCAACCAGCGGCCUCCAUAUAGUUACUACUGACAGAAACGAUGCGGCUUUAACAAAAGACCAUUCAUUUUGAUAAUGUGCUAAAUGUUCGUUUGUCUUCUUUUGGUCAUAGUUUUUCAUUCUAUUUUACAGAAUGGGUUGUUAAUUGUUUAGAACUUGAGACUUGAAAAUAAAUUGAUCUUGCUAGGUGUGACAAUU